AGUAAGAAUAAAGAGUUCGUGCUCUGUGCCCAAGAAAUUUCCCCUUCAUAAACCUUUUCAGCGGCCACCCAAACCUGAACCACUUAAAGUUCAGCCAAUGCAAGAUACGAAUAUCUACACGGCUUUUAGAAUAAAGCCAAUUAAGACGCGUAAUAAAAGUAUUUCUGCACCGUGUUCGACCCCUCCAUCUAGACCGAUAUCUGGUCGAACUCGCUAUUAUGGUCCACCCGUUCUAGAGCAAGUGCCUACUAUAAAUUCAACAAUUUCGGUAAGUAUUAAAAGACGUACAAACUCACCAGUAAAUAAGAUAAAAAGAGUUCAAUCGGCCGUCACUCAAAGAAGGGAUGACGAAAAAGAUUUUAAAAGAGAAAAAGUAGUAGAACUAGCCAAGAGAAGAGCGGUAAGUGCUCCUCCAAGAAGACAAAAACUUGAAGAAUCUCUGCAAGAUCAACUACUAAAAAUGUAUGAACAAUUUAACUAUGAAAAGAAAGCAAACGGAAUAAAUGGACUAUUCGUAAGAAAAAUGACUUUACACGAUAGAUUAUGAUUGACUAGAAGUAAGGAAGAAAGAAAUAGAGAGAGAGAGAGAGAUAAAAGAUAUUAUAUAUUCAUGAUUGUUCAGAAUAUCUUAUAUUAGCUAAUUACCAAAUAAGAAGGAUAUUAAAUUGGGCAUUCUAACUGAUAAAUUAAAUUAGCUAUAUUGAAACUAUUGCUGUUUAUAUAAUAAUUCAUAAGAGUUAUUCAAUUUGUUGAUUAUAAAUAAAUAAAUUUAUAUAUAUAGUGGUCACGCACAUAUUUUUUAUUUAAUUUAAUCUUAAUUCUAUUUCGGAAAAUAAGAUCAAUAACGUUCUUUUAUUCUUCGAUUAAUAUCGCUAAUAUAUCAUAAUUUCUCGCUGACUUAUCCUAUAAAAAAAGGCACUUUACUUAAAGAAUUGAAUAAUAGGUCUUUUGGUUAGUCAGACCGAUAAUUUUAGAAUUAACAGAAUGGAGACGAAGGUGGGGUGCGGCUUGGGCUGUGUCUGCGAGGAAUUAGAAGUUUACUAAAGUAGAAAUUCCCUUUGAAAGUGAUAUAUUCAAGUAUUGUUUAUCGUUAAAAUCUCCAUUUAAUCUUUUGAAUAGAGGGAUCAAGUAUUGUUUCUAUUUUUUAGUACAUUGCAAAAGUUUCUUCUCUAUUUAAAAGUAAUCUUUAAAAGUAAUCGAAAGGCCGAUUUACAUAAAUUCUUUUGUCUUAUAACAUAAUUUAAUACCAGUGUAACUAUUUAUACAAUUGAAUUUUAAAUUGUAUCGUAUUGUUAGUCAUUAAAUAUGUAAUUGUAGGUAAAAAACAAUGUUUGUCGAUAGCGUAAAUCGACAAAUGAAUAGUUAUAUAUGCGUACCACAUAAAAACCAUGGAGGGAAUAAGAUGGUUUCUUAUUCCCCCCGGAAACACAACCCUCUCGAUAUUCUGAGUCAGAAAUUCCCUGUUGUUUCUGACGUCAGAAUUUAAGAAAAACCAUCGGCAAUCAGAAAACGCCUUAAUAUUCUCUGAUUUCGAAUAGAAAAAUUGAUUUCAUUUUCCUUUCUAUACUGUAAUCGAUUUGUAAAAAGAUGAAGGCCGAUCCAUCAGCUCCACCUGUUCAGCCCUAUGGAAUCAAUAAUCCUCCCGCUUAUACUGAUGCAACCAACCCCGCCUAUCCUCAAGGCUAUAGUCAACCUGCCCCGCCUAUGGGACAGUCUUACUAUGGGUCUCCACCCCUAGGUCAACAGAACUAUGGACCUCCACUACAAGGACCUGGAUAUCCCUACUACAAUCCGGGUCAAAACCUAACUUCAACUACCACAAAUGUUACUAUACAACCUGGAGCAAUGCCUGCGACUUCGAUGAUUGUACAACAUUUCCGGGAAAGUCCUAUCAGAAUCAACUGCAAUUUCUGCAAAGCUGAUGUUGUUACAGCAAUCAAUUAUGAAACGGGAACUCUUACGUGGGUUGCAGCUGGAGUGAUAUGCCUUCUUGGCUUUGUUAUCGGAUGUUGCCUUGUGCCAUUUUGCAUUGAUGGAUGUAAGGAUGUUGUUCAUACUUGUCCAAAUUGCCGUCAAGUAGUUGGACGAUAUAAUAGGAUGUAAGAAGGAAAUUCAACCUGUACUCUGGAAACGAAAUUUAUUACUAGGAAUUUAUAUUUUUCAUUAAUAGAAGUCACCAUUUUGGUAUCCAUGAUAAAGAAGUGAACUUUUUCCCAAAUUCUUUUUGUUCUAUUCUAUAAUCUUUUUUGGCUUUUUGUCCGUAAACUGUAGAGAUUUAUGAAAUUUAUAUGAAUACCACUUGAACAAAGAGUGUGACACUUAAAUAUCUAUUUGAAACAUUGUUUACACAUAGGUUUCUUAACUUUGAGAUUACGUAUAUUUCAUCUCUCGAAUGAACCAUAAUCUAUAUAUCAGCCGACUUUUUUCUGCUUGAAUAUCUUAUUGAACAUGAUAGCGUUUUAAAACUACAUGCCUUGAUUUUAAUUAUCACAUACUGUUGUACUUCAAAUUUAUAUUAAACUGCAUUUCAAAUUAAAAAACAUACAUUAUAUUUACGCAUUAUAACUUUACAGAUAACAAAUAGACUCCAGAUGUAUUUUUAUAUCGAAACAUAUACUGUAGAUGUCGCUGAACACUAUGUUUUUCAUCAUCUUUUAAUAUUUAUAUUUUAUAUAACUAAAUAUACAAUAAAUGAAUAAGAAAGUAAGGAAGGAUGCUAAUACCAAGUAUUGAAUAAUUUAACAUUAAAAAAAACAAUUUUAUAUCUUACUCUACUGUCUACUAUUCUUCAUUCAAUAGCUUCAUUAUCUGUCUAUUAUUAAUAAUGAUAGGAAGAGUCUCUCUCUCUGAGUAGGUAGGUAUGUUAAUCAAUUCUAUAGAUUAAAAAAGAAAAAAUAUUUCGCUCUGUUAGUUCUAUAUUACUAAUUUGUUUGAUUUUGUUUUUGUCACUUUUCAAUUAAUACCAGUUUUUAAGGCGAA